CCUCCUUUGGGUUUGUCUCUUCCCCUCUCUCCGCCCCCUUCUCCCCACCCACCCCGCCCCGCUCUCCCCCCCUCUGCGGGUGUGUUGUGGAGGGGAGGAGGAGCAAGAACCACGAGCUGCUGCUGCUGCCGCUGCUGCUGCCAACGCUGCACAGCCUGGGCUCGCCGAUCAUUGAUUGCGCAUCUAUUACCUUCCUCUUAUGUGCUAAACAAUCCCAUCUAUCCCUUAUAAAUAUCCUCCUGGUCCUUGCCAAUCCCUCCUCACUUCUAGAUUUCCGGGCCUCAGGAUUGCCCCUCCCUACCGUAGCUUUGCUAAGUAGUUGCUUCUUCUUCUUGGUUUCUUUUCUUGAUUGCUUUGGGUCUCCGAUUUUUUGGGUCCUCGGUUUCUUGGUCCUCCCCUGAAUCUUGUAGAGUCUGUUCCUUUCGCCGCCGGUAGCCAUGGACGACAGGAUUCCGCCGCCGUCUCACCUGCAGCAGUACUCGCAGUCCCCUGUCCAUUCUUCGCCUCAUCACCACCACCUCAAUUCCAUGAGGUACUCUGCCUCCUCUGAGAGAGAAAGGUAUCUGGCUGAGUUGCUUGCUGAGAGGCAGAAGUUAGGCCCAUUCAUUCAAGUUCUUCCCUACUGCACCAGGCUCUUGAACCAAGAGAUUUUGCGGGCAUCUUCUUUGCCACCUAACCAUAAUUUUGUUGAUGCUGAGAGAAUUGAGCAUGGUAGCCCGUUAAGGUUACCUGGCCACCCAGUGAAUGGUCAACCAAUGGAUCUGGAGGGAUGGUCAGGAAGGCAAGCAGAGCAUAUGGGGGUUCUGCAAGCAUCACCAAUGAGCUGGAAUGGUGCUCCAGCACUUGGUGGUACUCCUGUUGUCAAGAAACUUGUGAGGCUAGAUGUUCCUGUGGACAAGUAUCCUAACUUCAACUUUGUUGGCCGUCUAUUGGGGCCACGAGGAAACUCCCUGAAAAGAGUUGAAGCUACGACUCAAUGCAGAGUUUACAUUCGUGGGCGUGGAUCAGUUAAAGACUCUGUGAAGGAAGAGAAGCUGAGAGAUAAGCCUGGAUAUGAGCACCUCAAUGAGGCACUGCACGUGCUUGUGGAAGCAGAGUUCCCAGCAGACAUUAUUGAUGUGCGUCUAAACCAAGCUGUGACCAUCCUGGAAGAUCUUCUCAAACCAAUGGAUGAGUCCAUGGACUACUACAAGAAGCAGCAGCUGAGAGAGCUGGCCAUCCUGAAUGGCACUCUGAGGGAGGAAAGCCCCAGCCCCCACCUUAGCCCGAGCGUGUCCCCCUUUAACUCCGCCGGGAUGAAGCGUCCGAAAACGGGGCGGUGAUCUAAAAAGACUUGGUCUGUCUGAAUCUGAUGACAAGGGUGGAGAUGAUUGGUGUUGCAUUUGCCGGGAUGAUGAGUGCUGGCCUAUGCCUGUCAUGAUCUGCGUGCUUUACCAACCGUAGAUGGGUCCGUGGGCGAAUGAUGAUCCUCGGUGGGCUUGAUUGAUGUUUGACGCUGUUCCUAUUAUUUAUUCUUUCUGUGCAAUCUGACUUUGGAAAAAAUGACAUUGUUUAUUGGUUUGGGGUAAGUUAACAAGGCCAGGUGGCCAUCCAAGUGUCGGACAAUAAUCAGCCAGGUAUUGUGUGCCUGGAAAAAAUAGCUGUAAUAUGAUAUUGUCAUGUGCUGGUGCUUUUGUGUGCUAGUAGUGGUAGUACUAGACAGGCAGGCAGACAGGCUCUGUUAAUGAUUGAUUUGCAUUCAUAAUUUCCCUUUC